AUCAGCGGCCAGGCAGAGGUCUGCGGAGUGGAGAGGCGAAGCCUCGUGGUGGAGCUCCGAGAUGUGAGUGCCAGUGAAUUAGCUCAUGAAGGUGAGACGGGAACACGCUGGCCCACACAGGACAAGCAUGGCACCACCUUCCAGGCACUGCCUCCUCCUGAUCGGCACACUGGGGGUCUUUGCAUUGGACCGCUUCACGAAAGGUCAGGAGAACAACACGCUAAUUUUCACAAAGGAAAACACCAUUCGGAACUGCAGCUGCUCUGCAGACAUCCGGGACUGUGACUACAGUUUGGCUAACCUGAUGUGCAGCUGUAAAACUGUCCUGCCUUUUGCAGUAGAGCGAACAAGCUACAAUGGCCUUCUGACCAUCUGGUUCACAGACACAUCUGCGCUGGGCCGCCUGUUGAACUUCACGUUGGUCCAUGACUUGAAGCUUUCCCUCUGCAGUACGAACACUCUCCCCACUGACUACCUGGCUAUUUGCGGUCUGAAGAGGCUUCGCAUCAACACCGAAGCCAAGCAUCCCUUCCAAGAGCAGAGCUUACUCAUCCACAGCAGUGGGGAUGGCGACUCCAAAGAGAAGCCUGUGUUGUCACACGAAGGCUGGCAAACAUGUAUGUAUAUCUCAUUUUUAGAUAUGGCUCUAUUCAAUAGAGACUCAUCCUUAAAAUCAUAUAGUAUUGAAAACGUUGCCAGCAUUGCCAACAACUUUCCUGACUUUUCUUACUUUAAAACCUUCCCAAUGCCAAGCAGCAAAAGCUGUGUUGUCACAUUCAUUUACUGACAGUGUAACUGUGUCCAGCCUCUGGAAACUUUGGCAAACAAUG